AUGAAACCGAAACAGGACAACGUGUUUCGUGUUUAUCUGUGCAAGAAAGGUGACAAAAAAUGUAAAGGAAGGAGAUGUGACGUCAUACUGAGCAGUAAGGAUCUUCCCGGAUUGUGUUUGGGUAAUAUAUUGGAGAUCUCAUCAUCGUUGGAUCAACGGUUUUAUGUACAGCAUUUACAUGAAGAUGAUGAAAGUGGGACAUACAGAGAAAGACGCAUUUAUAUUGAGAAAGCUAUCGCUGAUAUGUUUUUACUUUCUCAAAAUCAGUAUGUUACGGUCAAAGUUGUCGAAAAAAAGCAGGUAGUAUUAGACAACAUCGAAAUCACAAUCAAAGAACGCUAUGUUAGUCGAUCCGAUAUGUGGCGUUUUCGGAAUUGCCUUAUUGAUACAUGUGCAUAUAUUGGAAAGAAAGUGGAAUGGUUGCUCAUUCCAACCACUGUUGUAAGCCUUUGGGCAAAGGGUGAAAUUGUUAGAAGUGGUUAUGUCUCAGAGGAUACACGUAUAGUGUUUCGUUCAGCAAGCGCUAUGAUGCUGGUAUAUGUUCAAAUGAGUUCGGAAAUGUGGGAUUUUGAUCCAUACGGUGAUCUUUACUUUGAAAAAUGCGUUAAUGGUUUUUUUCCACAACUGUUUGAACAAUGGAAUAAGCAUCAUUGCGCUCAUUCGAUAACAUUUAUUGUCACUUCAAGAUGGUACUUUGAAGAAGAAGUUUUGAAGGAGGAAAUGAAAGAGAAACUGUGUAUAGAUUACAGAGGAAAAUACUAUGAGGAUUUUUAUCGAAUUAUCGUACAAAAUGAACAUUACGAUGAUUGGAGGAAUGCUGUUUUAUCAAAGUUGCGAUUGGUCUUCAGCACGUACAAAAAUACCGUGAAAGAGUUCAUCUGCAAGCAAUUAAAUAUGGAUGCAAAGGAAAAUGACCUUGCUGUGCUUUCGACAGCUGCUGAUGGUAAUUUUUUGCAAGUCCUCAAUUUAUCCAUGAAUGAAUUUAGUGUUUAUUUUACCAAUCGUCGUUUCGAAACUGUUGGCCAGCAGAUCAUUUUUGUCAGCGCAGGUGGAGGAGUUUUCAAUGUUGAUCGUGAUUUGGUGACUAUAACUAAGCAACGUCUCAUCGAUAUGGGUAUAUCUCUGGAUCUUGUGUGCCUUGGCGAACAACCACUUCACGCUGUUCCUCUUUUUGUUUUUCAAAGAAGAAACGGUGUUUAUCCCUCGGAAGAUUAUUUGAUACCGCAUUGGAUGAAUUAUUCAUAUUAUCAAAUGAGUCGACGCUCUGCAAUAUCAAUCAAAUUCAAACCAAGAAUUAAUCUUCCAGAUGAGUUACUUCGGGAUGCUCAUAGAGGUCUAGUUAUGGAAACGAAUGGUUCACCUAUUAGUAACAUCGAUGCUGCCGAUGAGAAGGCGUUUUCAUCACUCCUUGAAAACAGUUCCACGAGAAGUAACGCAAAUUUAGCAUCGGAGUUCGCAAAAGAAUUUCUAUUGGAAAAAAACCUAAAUCAUGGAGAUACCAUAUUUGAACCACACCAUAUAACCGGAAAUCCAUGGCGAAGCAAUUUCGAUAAAUAUGUUGCAAGCAGCUUUCUUGAACCUGGUUUACUAGGUGAUCCGCUUGAAAGCAAAAAAUCACAAGGCGUAUUGAGUAUGAUUGAGAGACGACCGUUAAUUAACCCGUUUAAACCCGAAGAAUUUGGUGUACCAAUCACUGCUAAUCGACGUCGUUGGAUUCAUGUGUUUCCAGUAGAUAAGCUUGGUCGUUCGAAAGUAGCGCAUCAUUAUGUGGCUGGUAAAAGUGUCAUUAAUAUUAUACAGGGUGAUGAGCCAGAACCGAAUGAAACAACAAUUAGUGUUAACGGUUCUCCAUCAUGUACAUCAUCUUCUGUUCAACUUUUUGAGGAUGGUAGUAGCAGGGUUACAGGAUUGGGAGCAGGAGGAAAGAGAUGCGUUUGGGCUUGGGGUUCAACUGGUGAAGAGAAGUGGAAUCCAGAUAUGGAAAUUGGUGUUGACUGGAAAUCGCUUAUACGUACAGCUCUUCUUCCAUUAACUACCGACUUCUUUCCGGAUAGACGCAGUAUGAGUGCAGACUAUAUAAUUAAAUCCCAUCAACUACCGGUGUAUUUCGAUUUGGUGCGUGAAUGGCUGGAAGAUUCGGAGUGUGAUGAUUUAGAACGACUUCGAAAUCUUGUCUUUGAUCAGCUUGUUUAUCAGCGGUUGCAACGUGGUUUUCAAAUAGUUCUUCUGGAUAAAAAGCUGAUAUAUGCAGCUAUUACCGUUAGUGAAGUGCACCUGGAAAGAAUGAAAGAUGAGAAGAUGGUUUCUCGAGAAUGCUUCUUAUCAUUCAAUCGAAUUUACCACCGUUUGUAUAUGGGAGAUGAUGGAAUAACUGUUACUGAAUUUUCACCAAGACUUGAGGAAUCUCACGAAACACCUGAAAUAGCGAAACGAAGAGAAUAUACAUAUCUGUUUCAAAUACCGGAUAAUUUUGAAUAUACUCUAUGUAGUGCAAGAUUUCAAAAAUAUGAUCUAUCAAAUCUAAAUUGGAACCUUCUCGAUACAGAACUGCAAAAUCGUUGUGUUCCACGGUUAUUCCGGGACGAUAUGAGAUGUUUUGCAUCGAGGUUUUUAUUAACACCGCUUUGUGCUUCCAUAACAAAGACAAUUAUGACUGAACGUAAUGGUGGUGACAAGUAUAUGGCUGUUUUUGAUUCUUCAUUCUCUAGAAGACAGGAAGAAGGGUUUUUGAAGUUUGUUGAAGUGUUAAAUCGAUUCAGAAGGAAAACUUCCCCGAGACACAAAAGGUUAAUGACGUCGAGGAGUGAUGUGGAAAGUCGAAUAUAUAGCAUUGAGAAUGUUGAUGUUUUGUUGAAUGGUUGGCGUGAAAGCUAUUUGCCACUUUAUUCGCAGGAUCCCACCAGUCGAUUCCCUUCGUGCAUGUUUCUGACAACAGAAUUUAUUGCUUGGCUGAUGGCCAAUGUCUCCGAACUAUCAAAUCGACAAGCUGCUAUUGAAUUUGCUGGGAGUUUGAUUUCAGCUGGAAAAAUACAGAUGCUACAACCGACUGAAACAUUGGUCGAUGAUCUGGAAUCUUCGAUAUCCACUGAAAGUCACUGGCACGAGUUUCGUUGUGGUUUCUUCUUGUGUUACUUUACGAACAAAUAUGUUUCAGAUGACAAAAUAGAAGAAAAAGAACCUUGGUCACGAGUUAUUCAGUGUGAAAUUGGGGAAAAGUGUUCGGGAUCGGUCGACUGUACAUACAGGCUGAAUUCCGUAGAGAUGAAGUUUUAUGCGCAGUUACAAAAAACAGCAGAUUCUGGAGGGCAUGAGUAUCUCCCAAAAAAUGUAUCACAUUUUAUGGAGAGAGGCAGAGUUUCUUAUGAAAAAACUUUUUGUGCUACAAAAUCUUUCGAAAUUGGAGUGCGAUGGUUUAUGGCAAAUAGUCAGACGGUGGCGGAAACCGUGCGUCAUUGGUGCAGCAAAGCGGCUAAUCUUUCGUUCCAUAUGUUUCCAGUACCCGAGGAUCCCUUUCCACACGCUCUGAAUCCUAUUUCACCACCACUUCAGUGUCCUGUAGUCAUACCUUUCAAACCAGACAAAGUUCAGUCGGAUUGUAUUUGUCGACUUAUUAUUGCUAUAAUGAAAGCCUUUGGAUUCAUUGAAAUGGGUUGCUCUGCACACCAAGUGCCACAAUACGUUCACCUUACAGGUGGUAUGUUUUUGAUGUAUGAUGAAGUACGUCAAGCAUUUGUUUGGUCUUGGAAUCAUAUGCUCAGCCAUCGAUAUCGUGCUACUCUGAAUUGCUCGGAAGACUUCCAAGACUAUAUGCUGUCGGACUUUCGAUCAUUUUGUAGUAAUGCAGAUAAUCGUAUCGAUAAUUAUGUUCAUAAUUUGUUUGGAAGUCAAUAA